CUUGUAACACUUAGUCGGAUGACUCUUAGGUGGAAUGCCUGGGGGUAAUAUCAGGAAGAAAUUUAACAACGAGUCCGACGACAUAAUGUUGUUAUUUUGUUAUGCGUCACCUUACUACCCACGUGGUGCUGAUUGUAAGGCUGCUCGUGGUCCUUUCCAUUAUGUCCAUCGGGCUCAGUGAGAACACAUACUUAAAUUGUCUCCGGAAAGUCGGCCUGAAAAGGAGGAGUCCAAGAUUCAGAACAAGCCCAUUGUCGCUUGCCUAUACUUUACUUCCAAUGUGGUCAUUCUUCGUUCUGAAUUUGCGCACUGUUCAAGUUGAAAUCACUAGCUAUUCAAUGGGCAACAGUUUUGAUUAAAACACACACCAAGCCAUGCCACCAAACCAUUUCUUGGCAUGAUUGCUAGUUCGCGGAAACUGUCACGAACGUGUAGUUUUGGCUACUAAUCGUGAGAUGAGAUGUUUUUGAAGGCA